GAAAAAACUGGUGUAACCCAGAGUCACCUCAGCCUCAGCAAGAAGCAGGAAAACAUAUUCAGAGAAGGAAGGCUUCUCACAAAACCAGACCGAGGAGAAAGUUGAGGGAUGACUGAGGACUUGGAGGAGCAGGAAGACGAGCUGCUCGCUCUCCAGAGUAUCUUUGAUGCGGACGAGUUUGUUCGGGAUGAGUCGAAGUCUGCCGGAGAAAUCCGAGUAUGUGUCGAGCUUCCUGCCGGCUUCAGCGUGGCUCUCAGAGAGGGUGAAAGUCUGCGUCAGUAUGAUAUUUCUUUCCUUCCACCGCUGCUUUUGAACUUUGGGCUUCCUGGGGACUACCCCUCCUCCUCCCCUCCCUCCUUCAGCCUCACCUGCAGCUGGCUGACUCGCACACAGUUGGCUGCACUGCGUGCUCAUCUCGCGGAUCUCUAUGAGGCCACUGGGGGCGCUGUGGUGCUCUUCUCCUGGGUGCAGUUUCUCAGAGAAGACGCUCUGAGGUUCCUGAACAUCCACAGUAAGCUGGAUCUUCCUCCUGAUGAACGCAGCACCCUGCAUUAUAACCAGGACCAACACGAUGCUGAACCCUCAGGACCAAAGAACAAUUCAGAGCCAGAGUUCUCUGUACCAUCCUCGGAAGUUCAGGAGAAUCCUUCUGACGGGAGCAGCACAGACUCUCAGGGAGCUUCGGCUUUAGACUCCUGCAAGCAUGACCAGAAUGAUUUGAACUCUCACCAGAGCCAGAGUGAUCUAACCUCAGAUUAUCAAAGAGCUCUUUCUCCAGAGCCUGCACUCCAAAACCAAACUGCACACACUCCAGAUGUGACAAUCCUCCAAGCCUCAGAGUUUAAGGUUGAUCCCCAGGAUGAUCUUUCUUCAUCUGCAGAGAAAUCCAAGCAUCAUCAAAGUGUCCGGGGACAUUUCUUAAAUGAAGGAGAUGCUUCUCUCUCAUCGCUGCUUCCCUCUACCUCCUCAGGCACGUUAGAUCCAAGUGAACUUGGAGCUGCUUCUCUGCCGGUCCACCCCACAGAUUCUCCUCAGAGUGAAGAGCAAACCCUCUCUGGUCUCUUUUUAACUCCAUCACAGACUCUGCUGUCACACAUUUUGAUCUAUAAUGCGGCCCAGAAACAGAAAGUGUUUGCCACCACCGUCUUUGACUGCGGGGUUUGUUUUAUGGGCCGACUCGGGUCCGAGUGCGUGAAGCUGUCACCGUGUGGCCACGUCUUCUGCCGGGCCUGUCUCUGCGAGUUCUGUACAGUUCAGAUCACAGAGGGGAACGUCCGGGGUGUCACCUGUCCUCAGGCAGACUGCGCUGGUGCUCCUACACCUGCACAGGUGCAGAGUCUGGUAGGGGAGAAGCUGUUUGACCGCUAUGACCGUCUCCUGCUGCAGAACACUCUGGACAGCAUGUCUGAUGUGACGUACUGUCCUCGAACAUCCUGUGGCUCUGCUGUGAUUUUGGAGAAGUCCAGCAAGGCAGCGCUUUGCUCUGAGUGUGGCUUUGCCUUCUGCGUCACCUGCAGAAAAACCUACCAUGGAACGGGGAAGUGUGAGACCAAGAAAAAAUAUGCUGAAAGAUAUAUAAUAGACCUGCCACAGUCACAAGAGGGGCUAAAGGCUCUCAUGAAGGACUAUGCCAGUGGCAGCAGGGAGAGGAAACGCCUGCUGGAAAACAGAUAUGGCUACAAUUUACUGGUGUCCAUUGCAGAAAACAAACUAAGCGACAACUGGAUUGCCAACAAUACCAGGAGCUGUCCUGAAUGCUUCAGCAGAAUAGAGAAGGAUGGAGGGUGUGGAAUGGUGUUGUGCACUCGCUGUAAGACGCUUUUCUGUUGGUGACUGACUCCAGAACACACAACUGAACACUUUUAUGGGGGGCAAUGUUCUUCCAAUUAAUUCUAAUAAUCAGCACCACAUACUGUCUCAUAAUCAGCAGGGGGCAACAAAAGCAACAAUGACAGGAAGGAAUAACCAAACCUUUGGUUCCUUAGAAAACACAAAGUGCUGUAAAUUAACAAAGAUUGCCCUGUUUGGCUGUUUUAUUUGCCUUAGACCACAAUAAAUCAUUUACACGAAA